UAACACUUGCCAAGUCUCGCCGCCGCCGCGGCUCGCGGGCAGGGCUUCCCCGGAAGCAUGAGCCCUCUCGCCCGCAGCGGCCGGCGCUGCGUGGGCCGCGGACGGCGCGCUCCGAGGUCCCGGGCGCGCAGCCUCAGGAUCCCCAGCGCCGGCAGCUCCGGCGCCCGCGGCAGGCGAUCUGAGGGUGACCACGUCUGCGAGGGACUUUGCUAUCAGUCUGCCAGGACCUGGGGAGAAGGAACAGGCAGCUCCUUAUCUCCUCCCCCUCUGCCAGCAUUUCGGGCACCCAGCAGGGACGCGUUUUAGGGUUCCCAUUGACUUCCAGGAAGGACGUGAGCCCUUCUCUGACCCCAGCUCGGGCAGUCACCUGUCUUUGCCGCAGUGAUAUUUAUCCCAUGACCCUGCGGUGCCUGGAGCCCUCCGGGAAUGGCGCGGAAGGGACGCGGAGCCAGUGGGGGACAGCGGGGUCAACGGAGGAGCCAUCCCCGGAGGCGGCGCGUCUGGCGAAGGCCCUGCGGGAGCUGGGUCAAACAGGAUGGUACUGGGGAAGUAUGACUGUUAAUGAAGCCAAAGAGAAAUUAAAAGAGGCACCAGAAGGAACUUUCUUGAUUAGAGAUAGCUCGCACUCAGACUACCUACUAACAAUAUCUGUUAAAACAUCAGCUGGACCAACUAAUCUACGAAUUGAAUACCAAGAAGGGAAAUUCAGAUUGGACUCUAUCAUAUGCGUCAAGUCCAAGCUUAAGCAAUUUGACAGUGUGGUUCAUCUGAUCGACUACUAUGUUCAAAUGUGCAAGGAUAAGCGGACGGGCCCAGAAGCCCCCCGGAACGGCACCGUUCACCUUUACCUGACCAGACCACUCUACACGUCAGCCCCUUCUCUGCAGCAUCUCUGUAGACUCACCAUUAACAAAUGUACCAGUACCAUCUGGGGAUUGCCUUUACCAACAAGACUAAAAGAUUACUUGGAAGAGUAUAAAUUCCAGGUAUAAGCGUUUCUCUUUUUCUAAACAUGCCUCACAUAGAGUAUCUCCGAAUGCAGCUAUGUAAAAGAGAACCAAAACUUGAGUGACUGCUCUGGAACUAACUACAUGGAAUCCUUUCUAAGAACAGCUAAAGUCAAUCUAAUUUAAAUGUGCAAAGAGGUAGCUAAGUAUUUAAAGUGCCCCCUCACUGAAACAUUUUCGCCUGGUGAUGUUUCCCUUCCUAAAUGUCCCAAGUCAAGGUGGAAGGAGCGGUUUAUCAGAAUGCUUUGCCUUUCUGAGGUUCCUUUACAUCAGGUCAAAGGUCCAGGCUCUAGAGGUAAAGAGCUCCGCUAAAGAAGUGUAAGAACUGAGCUGACAAAGGCUUAACUUCAAUUUUACAUGCCUGGUGAUCAGAAUCUACUUUAGGACAUUUUAUAUUUUGCAUUCUGAUGUACUUAGGAGUUUUGUUAGACAGGUCAUGCGUGUGAGUAUUUAUCCUUCAUUUUAUGCAAUUAACCAAAUCAACAACAACAACAAAAAAAGCAAAAUCCCAUAUUUGUCUUUUUACUACAUGUAUGAAAUCUCUCCUGUGAAUGAGUACUGUAGUAAUCCAUUUUAAGGGAGCCUUAUUUCAGAAAUAUUUCAACCUGGUGCAAAUGGAAAAGACUUGUUCUUUUCCUUUAAGGCUAAAGACAAGAAUGUCGUGCUAUACAGGUGCACCCCAGUCCCUGUUAAUAAAAACCAAUGUAGAUAUAGACAUUUUACCCUUUGAAGUAGCUGUGUCUCCCCUGUUGCCAUUGAUUUUUUGGAAAUGGCUUUAGAUAUUUCUAAGUUGUCCUUGAAUUGUCUAACCAUGGACAUUAGCAGAUGUCUCCCUUCUACCAUGUAGAAUACUUUGACUUAAUUUUCUUCCAGACAUAGGGGGAUACCUGCCUGUUUUUUUUCAAAGUGUUUAUUUACUGCUGUUACUAUUUGAUUAGACUGUAUUAAAUAAAAAAAAAAACCCUGA